CCGCCGCCGCGGCGCCCCGAGGAGGAGGAGGAGGAGGAGAAGGCACAGCGGGGCCGCCGCCGUUAGAGGGACCCCCAGCCGCCGCUCGCCCCCGAGGCCCGCCCUCCCGCAGUUCCCUCUCUGUCCCCCUGCCGCCGCCGCGAUGGGGCUCCUGGACUCGGAACCGGGCAGUGUCCUGAGUGUCGUGUCCACAGCACUGAACGACACGGUGAAGUUCUACCGCUGGACCUGGUCCAUCGCAGAUAAACGUGUGGAAAAUUGGCCUCUGAUGCAGUCUCCGUGGCCUACACUUUGUAUAAGUACUCUUUAUCUCCUGUUCGUGUGGCUGGGCCCGAAAUGGAUGAAGAACCGAGAACCUUUUCAGAUGCGCUUAGUACUCAUUGUCUAUAAUUUUGGGAUGGUUUUGCUUAACUUUUUUAUCUUCAGAGAGUUAUUCAUGGGAUCAUAUAAUGCGGGAUAUAGCUAUAUUUGCCAGAGUGUGGAUUAUUCUGAUAAUGUUCACGAAGUCAGGAUAGCUGCCGCUCUGUGGUGGUACUUUGUAUCAAAAGGAGUUGAGUAUUUGGACACAGUGUUUUUUAUCCUGAGGAAGAAAAACAACCAAGUCUCUUUCCUUCAUGUGUAUCAUCACUGUACAAUGUUUACACUGUGGUGGAUUGGGAUUAAGUGGGUUGCAGGGGGCCAAGCGUUUUUUGGGGCCCAGCUGAAUUCCUUCAUCCAUGUGAUCAUGUACGCAUACUAUGGGUUAACUGCAUUUGGCCCGUGGAUUCAGAAGUACCUUUGGUGGAAACGAUACCUAACCAUGCUGCAGCUGAUUCAGUUCCAUGUGACCAUUGGACACACAGCACUGUCUCUCUAUACUGAUUGCCCCUUCCCAAAAUGGAUGCACUGGGCUCUAAUUGCCUAUGCAAUAAGCUUCAUAUUCCUCUUUCUUAACUUCUAUGUUCGGACAUACAAAGAGCCUAAGAAACCCAAAACUGGAAAAACAGCUGUGAAUGGUAUUUCAGCAAAUGGUGUGAGCAAAUCAGAGAAACAGCUAGUGAUAGAAAAUGGAAAAAGGCAGAAAAAUGGAAAAGUGAAAGGAGAGUAAAUUGAACUAGGCCUUAUCUGUCGUUGACAGUAAGGAAGCUCCCAUUUCAUAUAAAAUUUCAGGGAAAACAGAAGCAAAUGAGAGUUUGGGGGUGGGGAGAAAAAGUCAAAUGUGCUCUAUGUAUUAGUAACCUUUAGAUUGAGUAAAGUGUUAAAUAUAAUACCCACAUGUUCUAUUUAUGAAGUUUUAUUUUAAACAUUUUUUAUUAGCCUAGAUAUUGUCCAGACAAAAGCAAUUGUUACGUGACUUUGGAGGCUCUCCCCGUUACAUCCAUUUGUCUAGUGCAUGAGAUUUUUCAUGUAUCUUAAAAUAGAGUCAUUCUUCAGUCUGAUGAUUGCAGAAACAGUCUUUAUGAACUUUUUGGCUAAAUUACUAAUUACCUACUAAUUAAAAUCAGUUACCUUACAUUUUCUGGUCUGAAGCUGGAAAUGUGGAUACUUUAAAAUUUGCACAUUUGAAUUCAUUUGCUGACUGGAAUGGCUGAAUCUCUCCACCUCUAGUCCUGAAUAUACCCUUUUAGGUUGUAAUUAAAUUUUAAGAACCUGAUGAUCUCUGUUAGACUCUUAGAGGUUUAAUGAUGAUGGGGUUGGUGAAAUAAGAAAGAAUUACAGUAAAAUCUUGUCAGGCAACCAAAAGGUCACCAUGACUUGUGGCAGAAAUCACUAUGGGAAGCAAGUUUUGUGAUGAAAAGGCAGCCUUUCAAUACUCCUAUUACUAUCAGUAAUAUAUUACAAAAAUUAAGAUUAUUGUCUAAUUGGAACAUGAAACAAUUCAUGUCUUUAUUAGUAACAUAAAAUAGUUACAUAUAUGUGCUGUUAGAAGAGAGUAUGUUGAUAUUAUCGGGCUUUCCUUGUUUUGAUUUGUGGCUGUUACCAAUUUUUCAUAUGUGGAAAUAUACCUACCUCUUCUGUUGGAAAGAACAUUUAAAAUUAAAUAAAUUUUAAUUAAAAAAUCAA